UCCUUUCACUGCUCUACUGCAUCAAAAGCAAAAGGCUGUUUACACGCCUCUGGCUGCUAAAGCUCAAGCCAUUUUCUACUCCUCUUUUCCUUCCGUUUUGCCUUUUUGGUUUUCUCAGAAUCCAAACACACAAGGGAAGAAAAACCCAGAAAGGAGGUGGGAAAGUUGAGAACUUUGGUUGGUUUGGAAAACAAAAGACGAUGGGUGGUGAAAAAGAUGAUAGUUUGGGGUUGAGCUUGAGCUUGGGAUGUGCUCAAAAUCACCCUUCUUUGAAGUUAAAUCUCAUGCCUUUAGCGUCACCCCACAGGCAAAAUCUUCAGCAGAAGAACACUUGGAAUGAGCUGUUUCAAUCUUCUGAUCGAAACCUGGAUACGAGAUCAUUUCUUCGAGGGAUUGAUGUGAACCGGGCACCAGCAACGGUUGAUUGCGAGGAGGAAGGUGGGGUCUCGUCUCCCAACAGCACCAUUUCUAGCAUAAGUGGGAAGAGAAACGAGAGAGACCCUGUGGGUGAUGAAACUGAGGCCGAGAGAGCUUCUUGCUCUCGUGCCAGUGAUGAUGAAGACGGCGGUGCUGGUGGCGAUGCCUCGAGGAAAAAGCUUAGGCUCUCAAAGGAACAGUCCUUGCUGCUUGAAGAAACCUUCAAGGAGCAUAGCACUCUUAAUCCGAAGCAAAAGUUGGCACUGGCAAAGCAAUUGAAUCUGAGGCCUAGGCAAGUGGAGGUCUGGUUCCAGAACAGAAGGGCCAGGACAAAGUUGAAGCAGACGGAAGUUGACUGUGAGUAUCUAAAGAGAUGUUGCGAGAAUCUGACCGAGGAGAAUAGGCGGCUGCAGAAGGAAGUGCAAGAGCUUAGAGCUUUGAAACUCUCUCCACAGCUCUACAUGCACAUGAACCCUCCCACAACCCUCACUAUGUGCCCUUCUUGUGAACGUGUGGCGGUUUCUUCCUCCUCCUCCUCCGCAGCAGCUACUGCUUCCUCCACCCCAACUUCGACGGUCCCAAACCGUCACCACCGGACGAGUUCCGUUAGCCCUUGGGCAGCAAUGCCAAUUGGUCAUCGACCCUUCCAUGCCCCUGCAUCUAGAUCAUAAGUAGGAUAAACCAUGUUUUCUCAUUUGGGAAGGAUACAUAAUCAAUGAUGGUGGUUACUGGUUAGGAUACCAUUUUUUUUUUCCUUCAAAUCCUGCUUUCCUUUUGGACUAAAGAGAGGAAAAAAGAAUAAGAAAAGAGGAUGUAAAGGGUUGGACUGGUGACAGAAAUUUCUGUUUAUAAAUAGAAAGCAGGGAGAUAAGGAAAUAUAACAGAAAGAAUCUGAAUCCCUUUCGGUUAUAUUAUUGUGAUCUGUUGCUGGCAAAGUGAGAAAAAACAUAGAAAUGAAAUGAAAGGGGGACAACAUCUACAGAUUCUAGCUUUGUUCACCACUUUUUACUUAUCAGUAGCUUUUUCCAUGUGAAUGGUUUUGUCCAAUUUAA